AUGGCGAUGGCGGCAGCGGCGGCAGACGCACUGGCACCAGUGCACGAGCCGGGCAGAAUCCCCCGCAUACUGCACCGAAUAUACAUAGCGGACCCCAGAGACAAGAAGAGGGCCAAUUUCUCCAUGCCCAUCGCACACGAGCGAUACGUCGAGUCGUGCCAGCUCCAUUACAGUGCCGAUGCGGGAUGGCAGCACAUGUUUUGGGACGGGGCAGCGGCAGAGGCGCUGAUAGCCAACCACUACCCCUCGUUCCUACCCUUCUUCCAACAAGCCAAGGCAAUCGAGCGAAGCGAUGUGGCUCGGUAUGCCAUACUGCACCGCCUGGGAGGCAUGUACCUCGACUCCGACAUUGAGUGCUGGCGCGAGGGCAGCGACAUGCUGCGCGGAUUCGACCUGGUGGCGCAGCGCACCCAUGGCGGGGAGGGCGCCACAAAUGCCGCCAUCGCGGCGCGCCCCGGCCUGCCUGUGUUCACCAAGGCGUUAGAUCUGGUGCAGGAGCGUGACAUUGACACGGAUGCAGAUGUGAUGAAGGUCAUCGCCCGCACUGGCCCCGACCUGUUCACCGCCGCUCUGGAGGCGGUGGGGCUGCAGCGCACCGACGGCAUGUUUGGCGCUGCCUACACGCUGGACGGAGUAGCGUACCGCCUGUGGCGUGUGGGCACCUGGUUCCAUCCCUGCCAGUGGUGGGAGCAGAAGUGCAGGCGGCGUGUGUACGUGGAGCGUGCCAGCGGGCAGGGCGACAUGCGGCACCUGGUGGGCAUGCACCGCAUGGUAGGGAGCUGGAUACCUGGCAAGGAGGACGGCAUUGGCAUCCUCAAUGUGACGGCUGAGCUGUGCGGCGGCGCCACACACGAGGGCAGCAACGGCCAGCCGGGCGGCUGGGUGGCUCCCAAGGUGGAUGCAGACCUGGAAGAGCAGCGGCGGCGGCGGUAG